CUUCCGCCGCCGCCAACUCCGGCCCCACCGCCAGCGCCUCCCUUACCGUGACCAUGGACGCCUUCGUCCCUGGCCGGAACAAUAUCCCCAGAAACGACGACGAUGAACAUAAUCCAGAGAACUCCGCGCACGUGCUCGAAUACGUUGUUGGGUCCUCCACGCACGUGGGGUCGUGCAGCGGAGCGGCCGCACACGGCGGCCGGUCUGCACUUGCGGCGGCAUGCGGCUGCAAGGUUGUUGGCGCGACGACGGCCGCGAGCGAGAGCGCCACGUUCGGAGGGAGAGACGACAGCUUCCAGUUGACGCUUGAUACUUGCGGCGGGUUGACGUCAACUUCCAUGUGGUCGCCGGAAAACACCAGCUCCGGCAAAGAAUAUUCCAGGACCUCCGCCGAUGACCAUGAUUAUUCCGGCUGUCGCAGUAGAUCACAGAGUGAAGCAGAUGAUUGUGGGAAAAGAAAAUUAGGGCAUGGAAAAUCCUCAGUUACAAUCAAGAAAACGAGGGCAGCUGCUAUUCAUAACCAAUCUGAAAGAAAAAGAAGAGACAAGAUUAAUCAAAGGAUGAAGACGUUGCAGAAGUUGGUCCCAAAUUCCAGCAAGACAGAUAAAGCUUCAAUGUUGGAUGAAGUAAUAGAAUACCUAAAACAACUUCAAGCACAAGUCCAAAUGAUGAGUAGGAUGAACAUUCCAUCUAUGAUAUUACCACUUCAAAUGUCUAUGAUGGGUAUGGGUAUGGGUACUGGUAUCGGUAUGGGCAUGGGUGGGCUCAUGGACAUCAAUACAAUUGGCUGUGCCGCAGCUAUGCCGCCACCACCUGCCGCCGCCGCCGCCUUCAUGCCUAUGGCGGCCUCCUCGUGGGAUAUACAACAAGACGGCCGAUUGCACCCUCCUCCGGUGAUGUCCGAUCCUUUAUCUGCGUUCUUUGCCGGGCAAUCACAACCAAUGACGAUUGAUGCUUACAGCAGGUUGGCAGCUUUCUACCAACAAUUCCAACAAAUUUCUGGUUCAAAGAAUUGAUUAUUGGGAGAAAAUUAAAACAAGUGUGCUAUAAGACUUCAAUUAAGAAGUUAAUAUUUGUAGGUUCUUUUUGUGUAUGUGUUAUUACAAGUGUUCAAAUUUGUGUCUUCUUUUAUCAAUUUCAAAAUUUUCUUUUAUCACUUAGGGGAUGAUUUCUAUGACAUAUAAAUAACAUUAUUUAUUUGUUUCGAUUCCCCAAA